GUUUGCGGAAGUGCCCGGGAGUAGCCGGGUGUCCCCGUUGUCCCCAUGGAGCUGCUGUUCGGGCGCCGGCGCACGCCGGAGGAGCUGCUGCGGCAGAACCAGCGCGCUCUGGCCCGCGCCGUGCGGGAGCUGGACCGAGAGCGGCAGAAGCUCGAGGCACAGGAGAAGAAAAUCAUCGUGGACAUCAAGAAAAUGGCCAAGCAGGGCCAGAUGGACGCCGUGCGGGUGAUGGCCAAGGACCUGGUGCGCACUCGGCGCUACGUGCGCAAGUUCAUCGCCAUGAGAGCCAACGUGCAGGGGGUGGCACUGAGAGUGCAGACCCUGAAAUCCAACAGCGCCAUGGCCAGCGCCAUGAGGGGGGUGACACGGGCCAUGGCCACCAUGAACAGACAGCUGAAGCUGCCCCAGAUCCAGCGCAUCCUGCUGGAGUUCCAGAAACAGUCGGAGCUCAUGGACAUGAAGGAGGAGCUGAUGAACGACGCCAUCGACGACGCCCUUGGGGAUGAGGAUGACGAGGACGAGAGUGACGCCGUGGUGUCCCAAGUCCUGGACGAGCUGGGGCUGAACCUGACGGACGAGCUGGCCACGCUGCCCCCCCCGGGGGGGUCCCUGGCGGUGGGGGAGGGGCGCGGGGGAGCCGAGGCCGCGUCGGCCGCGCUCGCCGACGCCGACGCCGACCUGGAGGAGCGGCUCAAGAACCUGCGCCGGGACUGAGAACCCUUUUCUGGGACUUUCCCCUUUCUUUGGGAUUUCUUUGGGAUUUUUUGGGAUUUUUUUUUGGAUUUUUUUGGAUUUUUGGGGAUUUUUUCUUGAUUUUUUUGGGGGAUUUUUUUUGGAUUUUUUUGGAUUUUUGGGGAUUUUUUCUUGAUUUUUUUGGGGGAUUUUUUGGGAUUUUUUUGGGGGGGAUUUUUUUAGGGAUUUUUUUUUAUUUUUUGGGAUUUUUUUUAUUUUUUAGGGAUUUUUUGUGGAUUUUUUGGCGAUUUUUUUUUAUUUUUUGGGGAUUUUUUUGGGAUUUUUUGGGAUUUUUUUGGGGAUUUUUGGAGAUUUUUUGGGAUUUUUUGGGGGGGAUUUUUUUGGGGAUUUUUUGGGGAUUUUUUUGGGAUUUUUUGGGAUUUCUUUGGGAUUUUUUGGGGAUUUUUUUAAUUUUUCUGGGAUUUUUUUGGAUUUUUUUGGG